AUGGUCUGCAUUACAGAGACUUGGUUAUCUCCUGCAAUUCCUGACAAUUUGGUAUCCUUGUCCAAUUUCAAUCUGUUUAGGAACGAUAGACUGGUUUCAAACGGCGGAGGUGUUUGUGCUUACAUAAAUAGCAAUAUCUAUUGUAGACGAAUUGAGGAAUUUGAAAACUCUUCGAUUGAAUCACUGUGGUUAUCAGUGAGACCAAAGAAGCUACCCCGCUCUGUCUCGGUUAUCUUACUGGCUGUUGUUUACCAUUCAACAGCAUCCCGCCAAACUGAAAAUGUAGAAUUGUAUUCACACAUUCAAACCAAUGUGGACUCAUUUUUAUAUUCCCACCCUGAAGCUUUGGUCCUAAUUACGGGCGACUUCAAUUUUAGAAGCACGGGUCUCGAUGCAAACCAUCUUAAAAGAAUGGCUGGUCUGACGCAGAUAGUCAAGGUAGCUACCAGAGCUGAUGUAACUUUAGACUGGUGUUUAACCAACUCAAAGGUGGAUAAUAUUUACGAAUCAAUCCAACUUCCUCCCAUUGGAACCAGUGAUCAUUAUACGAUUCUUAUGAAAGCCCAACCCUCUCCCUCAAAGCCAGACAAUUCACAUAUAUGGAAACGCGAUCUCAGAGAUAGCAGGAUACGGCCUUUUGGACGAUAUAUCACUACAUUUGACUGGUCUCCUAUCUUGGACAUACAUGACUGUGAUACAAAAUAUGAAAAGUUUAACGAUACAAUGACUGUGAUGAUUGAAAAAUUCUUUCCCUUGGAACGGAUUAAAGUAUGA